AUGUCUUCCAUCACCAACCAUGCAGCCUUCCUCAUGGAACGGAAAGGCUACCCCUUCAAAGUCGAUUCCGCUCCGAUUCCUACUGUGCAAGCCUACGAGGUCCUCAUCCGUGCACGCGCCGUAGCGAUCAAUCCCUGCGACGCCAUAAUCCAAUCCGCAGGCGUAAUCCAAGAAAACUUCCCAGGAAUCAUCGGAUGCGAUUUAGCAGGCGAAGCAGUCUCAGUUGGCUCUGACAUCAAGAAAUUCAAAGCCGGCGAUCAAGUCAUCGCAGCAGUCGAAUCAGGAGCCUUCCAAGAAUACUGCGCAGCAGAUGUAGGCAUGGUAGCAAAGUUGCCUGCAAACAUUCCGUAUGAGAAGGGUGUCGUGUUGCCCGCAUGUUUGGGCACGGCUGCUACGGCACUUUUCCAUCCUCGGGAGAUGGGAUUGGAGUAUCCAUCUCUCGAAGCAGGGAAGAAGAACAAAGCCGCGGGAUUUGAAGUUGCAGCUACAGCUUCUGAACAUAAUCACAACUACUUGAAGGAGGAGGUUGGGGUUGAUGGUGGAGUGUUUGAUUACAAGAGGGAGGAUGUUGUUGGGGUGAUUUUGGAAGGGUUAAAGAAGUCUGGGAAGCACUUCGCAGGCGUGUUCUGUGCGGUCAUUGAUGUUCCGACUUUGACCAAGUGUGCGAAGAUCGCGGACGUGCUCGGCAAAGAUGAGAAGAGUCGGGUUGUUGGGACUGUGGUGCCUCCGAAUCUGCCUUGGAUUCCGAAUGCUGAGGAUUUGCCGAAGGGUUUCGGUUGGGGAGAUGAGUGGGAGCCAAACGAUGUCGGAGAGAAGGUCUGGGGUGAAUGGGUCACUCCCGCACUGGAGAGGGGUCUACUAAAGUGCAAGCCUGAGCCAAAGAUUGUUGGAGAUGGGCUCGAGAAGAUUCAGCAUGCCGUGGACAUCAUGAGCAAAGGCGUGUCUGCCACGAAGCUGGUAGUCACCGUUCCGUGA